AUGGCCGCGUCGAAAGACGAACCUUGGGUCGAGUCCAAGAAGGCAGAGCCGCUGCCCGGGAGCAGAGAUGAUGAAGUCCAGCCAGAUUCCGUGGGAGUCGGCGAGCUCGCCUUUGAGGAAUACACCCAGGGAGGGCUGGGCCGACAUCUGGGCCUGUUCUCAACGACGUUUUUGAUUGUCGGCCGUAUCAUCGGCACAGGCAUCUUUUCCACCCCGUCGUCCAUCACCCAGAGCGUCGGCAGCGUCGGUGCCUCGCUGAUGCUCUGGGUCCUGGGUCUGCUGCUGGCGGCCGCCGGAUUGUGCGUCUGGCUCGAGUUUGGGUGUAUGAUCCCCCGCAGCGGAGGCGAGAAGGUCUAUCUCGAGGCCGUCUACAAGCGUCCGAAGCUGUUGAUCACGGUCUUCUUCGCCGUCCAGGCCAUUGCGCUGGGCUUCACAGCCUCUGGGUGCGUCGUCUUCGCGUCCAACAUCCUCGUCGCGGCCAAUCGCAAGGCCACCGAAUGGGAAGAACGCGGCAUCGCGAUCGCGGUCAUCGUCAGCGUGACGCUGCUCCACACCUUCCUGCCCAACUGGGGUGUUCGCUGGAUGAACGGCAUUGGAGUGAUCAAGAUCAUCACCCUGCUGUUUAUCGUCGUGACCGGCUGGGUGAUCCUGGGCGGCGGCGUGUCGAGAGUGCCCGAUCCUCACGCCAGCUUCCGCAACGCUUUUGCGGGUUCGGCGCACUCGAGCAACUUGUACGCGACGGCGCUGUUCAAAGUCAUGAAUUCUUAUGCUGGCUGGUCCAAUGCCUGUUACGUCCUGAACGAAGUCAAGAAUCCGGUGCGCACGUUGAAGAUCGCAGGCCCGCUCGGCUUGCUGAUCUGCGGAGUGCUGUACUUGCUGGCCAACGUGGCCUACUAUGCGGCUGCUACGCCGCAAGAAGUCGCCGAGAGCGGAGUGACGGUGGCUGCGUACUUCAUGGGCAAGGUGUUUGGAACCGCGGCCCAGCAGGCGCUGAGUGACUUUCGCGCAGGCACGCGUGAACCAGGAACUGGCGAAAGAAGGCGUGAUUCCCUUCCCUCGCUUCUGGGCAUCGAGCUGGCCGUUCGGGUCGCCGUCUGCCGGCCUUCUGCUUCACUUCAUCCCGUCGUUCAUCGUCAUCGUCGCCAUCCCGUUUGGCGAUGCGUACAACUUCAUCCUCGACCUGGAGGGCUACCCGGGGAGUGUCAUCAACUUUCUCGUCGUGCUGGGUCUGUUCUAUCUGCGGUGGAAGGCUCCCAACCUGAGACGGCCGUUCAAGGUGUGGUGGCCCAUCGCGGCGUUCUUCAUGAUCGCGCAGGCCUUCCAGCUGGUGGCGCCGUUCCUGCGUCCACCGGGUGGGAAGGGCGACACGUCCCUGCCAUACUGGCUGUAUGCCGUGGUGGGCAUUGGAGUGUUGGCGGCGUCGGUGGUGUACUGGUUUAUCUGGUACGUGGCGGCGCCAUGGAUAGGGGGGUAUAA